CUGAACGGGUGUCGGCGUGAACGACGGUGAGCUGUGAACGGACAUACCCGUGGAAUGUAAAAUCUAAUUAAACGCGCCUGCUUCCUUUGGCCUCGUGCGUCGAAGCGACAGGUGGUUGCUGAGUGAUAGAAAAUCUGUGAUGGCAGAUCUGGCAGGCAACUCAAGUCUGAGCAGACGGUCUACUGCACUCUGAACCAAUUGGAUGCCACAGUACCACUGAGUUUGGACAGGAUGGAUUUCCCCAACUGGACAGAAUGGGUGUACGCCACAAACAGCAGCUACAACACACUUGACAGUACUAAACUCCCUCCCAGCAAAAUCCUUUUAUCUGUAACCCUUUCUGCUGUGGCCAUCCUAACUACUUUUUUCAACUGCUUGGUGAUAACAGCUAUUGCGGUCACUCGCAAGCUGCAUCACCCAGCCAACUACCUCAUCUGCUCAUUAGCAGUGACUGACCUGCUGGUGGCUGUGUUAGUCAUGCCCUUCAGCAUCAUCUACAUCCAGAAGGAGAGAUGGGUCAUGGGUGAAGUGGUGUGCACCAUCUGGUUAAGUGUGGACAUCACCUGUUGCACGUGCUCCAUCCUUCACCUUGCUGCUAUCGCGAUUGACCGUUACAGGGCCAUCACAGAUGCUGUGGAGUACUCUCGCAAGCGCACAGGGGCCAGAGCUGGUGCCAUGGUGGCAAUAGUUUGGUUCCUAUCCAUCCUCAUCUCCCUUCCUCCGCUCCUGUGGCGGCACUACAGUAAUGAUGCAGAGCACGAAGACCAGUGCAUCAUAAUUCACCAUCACAUGGCCUUUACUCUUUAUUCAACACUUGGAGCUUUUUACAUUCCUCUUUUGCUCAUUCUCAUUCUCUACUACAAAAUAUACAAAGCUGCCCAGACUCUCUACAUGCGCAGGGAGGCUAGCAGAGCUAGCCGCCACUCAUGCAUGACCAACGGGAGCAUGAUCCCUUCAUCGUACCCCACUGGAGAUGGUGAUGUUGACGGUGGCCCGCGAAGUCCUGAGCCCAUUAGUCCACAAGAAAGAUCGUUUUCGGAACUCUCCACCGAGGAGCAUCCUCGCGAAAAAGUACGCAUCUCAAAAAAGGAUUUAAAAAGCAAGUCUCGCAGACAUGAGUCACACAGCGAGUCCCGUCGCAGCCAGUUCUACCAGGGACCCCGGAUUUCAGGCUCACGGGAACGGAAAGCAGCGUCUACUUUGGGAUUGAUCAUAGGUGCCUUCGUCAUCUGUUGGCUGCCAUUUUUUGUCAAGGAAGUCAUCGUCAACACCUGCAGUUCAUGCAACACUUCCAUGGAGAUGGCUGACUUCCUUACAUGGUUGGGCUAUGUUAACUCUUUGAUCAACCCCCUCAUCUACACUAUUUUUAACGAGGACUUCAAAAAAGCUUUCCAAAGACUUGUUAGGUGUAGUCAUUACUACUGAUUAUGACCAACUACUGAGGUAUGCAUGCUCUAACCCACACACCAUCAAACAUACACAGAAAAGGAGCAAAUCUUAAUGUUACAGAGUGCUGAGUGUGUACCGACCCAAUGUGCCUUAGAAAGAAUCAAAGAGGAAAAACAGACUGUCCUCCAUUUUUGACACUCUAUAGUUCCAUUAGAAUUUUAAGCUCAAUUUUUAUUAAAGAACUAUCCUCCUAAAGUUAACUUGCUUCAAAGGGACCCUGGCAGGUUGUUUUUGUAGAAAUUGGGCCACUUCUGACCAUUUUUGAGUUCUGAAAUCUAAGCAUUGGGGAUCAGCUCUAUUUAAAGGUCUUGGAAUAGCUGACCACCAUGCCUGUUUUUUCCAAUGACUUCUCCUGUUGGAGUACACUGCGGGGUAGAUUAUGGAACCCGUAUGGAAAGACACCAAAGCUUACUAAAUCAUUGUUUUAUCUGGCCAUGACAGUCUAGAGGGUCACUUUCAUUUAACUGUCUCAGCAUUCAUUAACAUAAGUACUUGUUGUAAAUAUUGAUGUCAGUUCAGCCAUGAACCACAGCAAAAAUGAAAUGUACUUCUGGCUCAAGCUUCUUGUUAUGUAAUGAUAAUGGCAUUGUUAUGUCUAAAAUUUUUUCUCAAUCUACAUGUGAUAAAGAAAGGGUAGGACUUUCAAUAAUUUUAUGAUGGCUGCUUCAAACAACGUGUUUUGAAUGAGCUGCUGAGAAAGUAGUUAAUCUCCUUGGGGAGGUGAGUCCUAGCAGACUUAGAAAAAAACCCUGAGCAGCUAUUUCAAGUCAUCUGAACCAGGCCUUUCAUCUAAAAAGAACCAUGACUGUGAUUAUAGGGCAUGCAUCUCCAAUCAUGGAUGAUUAAAAUACUCAAAAAAUAUUUAUUUAUUUACUUACUAAGUUAGUUAUUGGCAAAACAUUUAUUAGUAGAUACACAAGUUUACAGUGCACUGUCUUCAAUCAACACUAAAUACAAGAGGGAGUUUCAGUAUAGGAAGGCCAUGAUAAUGAACUACAUUCUGUUUUAUGUUUUUUCAAAAUUAAAGUUGUUACAUAUUUUUUAAAGGUUCUUAAAAAGGGUGGACCAGUGAUGAAAUAUAAAUGAAACAUGAUAAAAUGUAUGUGGGUUUAUGACAAUGUGGGAUCUGCUCCAAGAAGGCCAAUCUGAAACACAACCACACAACAUAAAGUUAUCAUACAGAAUACUCAAGUGAGUCAAUGUAAAUGAACAGAUCAGGAUUUUUCUUAGCUGCGUUAAAAAUGGAAAACAUGCUAACAAUUAUAUAAUUUAUAACUGGAUUUAAUUAUUUAAACCUAAGAUACAUACGAAUUAAGUUUUUCUUUAUAGCUUCAAGCAAAAACCCUCACAUUUGAUUCAACACAAAUUAAUAUUAAAUAUAUACAAUUGAAAGGAAUAUAAAAGGAGAAGAGAUUUCUGAGAUUUCUUUUCAUUCUGCUUUGCAGUCUAAUAAUCUAUGCCAUCUGCACUGAGUAAGAUACAAACAUGCUUUAAGAUCUGGUGGUUUUCAGGAAAACCUGUUGAUAGCAUGAAUAAACCAUGAACAUGU